AUUCAUGUUCCAUUUUUACGGGCAAAGACAAACAAACAGACUCGAUAAACCUGAAUGGUACCUAACACAAGUACUAACCUGGAUCAAAAGUCAUGAAGAAUUCUUGGAACAGAACGUCCAGCCUGUUUUUGAUAAAACCGGUUACAGCCACAUCGAUGCUAAGGCAGAAUUUGCCAAAGGCAUAGCAAAACUUGCAGUGGAAAAACUGCAUUCAGAUCUAGAUCGAAUAACAAUGCAUCAAGAAGAUUUAUUUGCACAUCUAGUUGACGAGUGUUUAGGUUUCCACAAAGAACUUGCAAUAAUUCUAAACGACAAUCCAACGAUUGCUGAUGAUGAUAUUGAUGCAAUGUCUGUCUUAGCAGUUCUUACGCAGGGUGUUUAUUUUACUAGAUGGCUGGCCAUGGAGAAAAAAUAUGCUACUGAAAAGGUUGAUAUAAUGUUGUCGUUGAAUACUGAUGACGCUUGGCAACCUUUAAAUCCCCACGAGGCUGAAGAUGAUACGGCAUGUCCUUUGAAGGCUACAAAACUUGCUGAUAAUUUUCUCAGUUUACAACAUUCGAUAAGGGAGCGUUAUGAAAUGCUACGACAACCUGGACACAGGUUGCAGUUUUUAGAUUUGCAAUUAGAAUUAAUUGAUGAUCUCCGUGUCCGUUUGAUGCAACUUUCUCAUGAGCAAUUGGAUGCUUGUGCUGAUGAUAUUGCAAAAUGUAUAGAGAGCAAAUCAAGGCUCCCACAGAUUUUAAACACAGUGCACUAUAUUGUUAAAGUUCUCACCGAAUGGGGAUGCGAUAUUCAUUAUCUCCAACUACACUACUUCAAGUGCCAAAUGAAUUCUUUGUUGGCCGAGACUCCAACAUCACCAAUAAAGUUAACAGAAGAUUCUUUGUUGAAUUUUGAGCAAGACUCCUGUUCGGUGUUCCACAGUUCGAUUGAGUUAUUAGAAAAAUUCUGUACUGAUCAUAUAAAUGCUUUGUCUGAUAGCAUAGUUCUAAGUGCUAAAGCUAAAAUCUUUGGAAUACCAAGAACUGUGUCUAUCUCAAACCGCUUGUUCAAUGUUACAGGUUCUAAGUGCUCGAUUAAAUCAUGCAAGAAUCUCAUUAGCUGCUCCACUAUUUUUAGCAGUCAGAAAUCGCACAGUUGCAUUACUCGAUACAUUUUACAUGAAGAAUUAAUUUGUCAGAACAAAUUUUCAGUCGGGGGUGCUCAACAAAUUCAAUACGAUGUUGAAAGAGGUCUUGUACCUUUGUUUCAUGUCGAUAACGAAACAUCUAGGAAUUUUAAAAAGUUGUUGGAUAGUUGUACAUUAUUAAAUAUAACAAAAGGCUCAGCCUUGUUGCUGCAAGAGUCUUUAGCAGAUCCUUUGAUGAAAGAAGAAUCUAUAUUGACUUUGCAAGAAAUGAAUGUGACUUAUUUUAAUGUCAAUGCUGCUAAAGAAAUUUUAUCAAGGAGGAUGGAUUUAUUAAUAGACUCAUAG